AUGGAAUUCUUCCACAAUCUUUCCAGCGAUUUUGACCUACUUUUGGACGAAAGUGACGACUACGAUUUGAUAAUUUAUGCUGGAAAGGAACCGAAUGUAAAAAAAUUUUAUGCGCACACGGUAAUUUUACGUGCGAGGUCGCCUUACUUUCGUCGAGCAUUAUCACGGGACUGGGCAAAAAAGGAGAAUGGAUCGAUUGUCUUUCAGAAACCAAACAUUACGAAAGAAGUGUUCAGCAUAAUUCUCAAAUAUAUUUACACCGGUACCACUGAUCUACACUCCCUCAAUGGUGAGACGGUGCUUCAUCUCUUGACGGCAUCAGACGAGUUAAAUCUUCAGGAACUGAUUGUUUACUCACAAGACCAUCUCAUUCAGGAAAAACCCGAGUGGUUACAAGAAAAUUUAAUUCGAGUUCUGCAAAUGAUUGUAAAUCUUGAGGACUGCCAAGAACUUCAAGAUUUUUGCCUGAGGGUGAUAUGUCAAGACCCUUACUGGCUUUUUUAUUCGGAACAAUUUUUCUUAUUAGAAGAAUCAAUCCUUGUUUCCCUCUUAAAGAGAGAUGAUCUCUUGAUGGAAGAAAUAGAAAUUUGGGACCGUCUGAUCGCGUGGGGAAUUGCACAGAAUCAGCAAGUAGAUCGCGACAUCAUGAAAUGGACAUCGAUGGAUUAUGAUUUUUUGAAAUGUACGCUUGAACAAUGUAUCCCGUUGAUUAGGUACUUUCAUAUAGACUCUAGUGAUUAUUAUGACAAGGUUAGACCUUUUGACCAAAUCUUCCCAGACGAUUUGCGUGAAAACAUCUUACAAUAUUACCUCAAGAAAGGUAACAUUGGUCAGGUUAACUCGGUGAUUUUACCACCGCGAAUGCAAGGAAUCGAAUCAACCAUUCUCAAGUCUAGACACGCAGCCAUCAUAUCAAAGUGGAUCGAUCGAAAGGAAGGAAAUUCGAGCAAAGUGGAAAGAUCAAAAUACACUUUCAAUCUACUGCUACGUGGUAGCAGGGAUGGUUUCUCCGCUCAUGAAUUCCAUCGCUUGUGUGACAACCAGGGACCAACGGUUGUGGUCAUGAAAGUGAAGGAAUCGGGAGAAAUCAUUGGAGGAUAUAACCCACUCAAUUGGCGAAAAUAUAAACCCCUUUCAUCAGAAAGUUGGAUGGCGGCAGCAGCAAAUCGCCAGAUGACAUCCACCCUUGUAGGUUUUGCUAGGUCGUCCUACGAUAUUGGGCCGUAUCAAAGUAGUCUUGACACCUUUCUGUUCUCAUUCGCGGACGGAAAAGGUACAAAAGAUGGCAAGAUUAGUCGUGUUGUUCAAGAAAAAUCGUCAUUUGCCAUCUUUUCAUCGUCACAACACGGACCGUGUUUUGGACAAACUGAUCUGAGGAUGAAUGAUAAUUUCAAUAACCAUUCCAAAUGUACAUGUCAAUGUUCUACCUAUGAGACCCAAAUUUGCGAGCUCCAACACUUUUCAGUCGAGGAGUACGAAGUUUUUCAAGUUGUUAGUAGGGACGCACCAGAAUCACCAAAUCAAGAAAGUUUGACGACGCCUUUAAUUCCGACGGAGCAUCCUCAACAGUCGCCUGAAAUUACCAACUAUCAAAAUGCAUG